AAAGAAAACAAGUCAAAAAGCGAAGACAGUUCAAAAAAAAAAAACUCUCAAAUUCUCAAAAAAAAGUGAAAAAAAAAGCAAAAAUGAGUCUCAGAAGUUUAAUGUCACUCAUGAUGGAGCCUCCAUCCCUCCGAAUGAUGGAUCCGUGGCGACAUGCGAUGCGCCUUUGGGAGCCCGAAUUCUCAUACGUUCGCCGAACGCCGUAUUUGCUGAACCAAUAUCUCCGCGAGGCAGAAAAGGAGCUCGAGACGAUGCAGCAGGUCGACGACAAGGCGGUGAAAUUCACAGUCGACGUGAAACACUUCAAGCCGGAGGAAAUCAGCGUCAAACUCGAGGAAAAUAACGUCGUUGUCGUCGAAGGCAAGCACGAGGAAGUGUCGGAUGAGCACGGAACGAUUUCACGACAUUUCGUCAGAAAAUUCGGACUGCCCGAAAGCACGGUGAACGUCGAGAAAUUGCAAUCGAGUCUCAGUGCGGAUGGAAUUCUCACAAUUACGGCGCCCAAAUUGGAAGCAAUCGAGAACAAACAGUCGCGAACGAUUCCAAUUGAGCACACGGGACCCGUGAGAGAAGCCAUUAAGGAAGCUCAAGAAACGAAAUCAAAAUUGUAGACUGAUAAAAGACCAAAUAGUUUGUUUUUGUAAAUAAUUCCGUGAUAGAAUAAAUAAUUAAUUUUUGUACCAAAAUAGCAUUUUUUAGAAAUAAAU